AUGACAUGCUCGUCUCAUGGAUUUCGUACGAAGCUUUUACGCGAGACAGAUCUGACAUUCGCUAAGCUUAUUACUAUGGCGCGAGCGAAGGAAUUAGCAGAAAAACAAGCGUCGAAUAUCUCGGGACACAAUAACUCUCGGAACAAUGUUAAUCGUGUAAAAGACGAGGGAAAUGACGAAGCUAAAGACAAGGUAAGACAUGCUAAAUAUGUACCAAAACCACACAAACAAAAUCAAUGCCGAAAUUGUGGAAAUGAAUUUAAACAAGGGCAUAAAGAUGUCUGUCCUGCGAAGGGCAAAACCUGUAGAGCUUGUGGAAAGCUCAAUCAUUUCGCUAGAGUUUGUCGAAGUCGAAAAAAUCCCCCGAAAGAUAGUAAGAAAGAUUCGAGAGAGUCUGUUAGAGUUGCACAACAACAAACCCAAAAACAAAGCCCUCCUAAUUCGUCCGACGAUGAGUAUACUUUUGAUGUUUCAUCAUCAAAAAUAACUAACAUUCAAAUACAGAUCAAUGGGACCCAUAUCGCUGUGACUAUCGAUUCAGGAGCGACAACAAAUAUCCUUGAUAGUGAAGCAUUCGCUUGUAUUAGGAAAAGAAAUAAACAUGUACAAUUAGAGCCAACACAAACAAAUAUAUAUGCAUAUAAUGCCGUUCAGCCCUUGCCAUUGCUCGGAAAGUGUCGUUUAGCGGUUGAAUCGAAUGGAAAGCUUACAAUAUCGACGUUUUAUGUUGUCAACGGCAAAGCGGGAUCACUUCUCGGUAGUGAAACAGCCGCAGAGUUAGGCAUUUUAAAAAUAAAAGUUACCGAAGUCUCUAAAUUUCAUAGCAUGAAAACAACCGGAAGUCGAGGUAGGAAUGAAAUCAACACCGGAAGCCACUCAAACGGAAGUGACGCGAACAGUCAAAGUGACUCCGGAAAUCGAGAAAUAAGGGACAGAAAUAGCAUGAAAAACAUUGACAUUAAUACACAGAAAAUUGUAGAUAAAUUUCCAGAACUCUCUGACGGAAUAGGGUGUUUGCAAAAUUAUGAACAGUCAUUGCAUGUUGAUCGUACAGUUUCCCCUAUUGCAUAACGCCCUCGGAGAGUCCCUUUCCAUUUACGAAAGCAAGUUUCAGAUAAACUAGAAGAAUUACAAAGUCUCGAUAUUAUUGAACCUGCCGAAGGACCUACUUCAUGGGUAUCACCCAUAGUAGCUGCUCCCAAACCACACAAUUCAGAUGAAAUCAGAUUAUGCGGAGAUUACCGUAGACCAAAUCAGGCAUUGUUAAGGGAGAGACAUCCAAUCCCAACAGUUGAUGAGUUAAUGGAAGAAAUGUCUGGUGCUGUCGUGUUUUCUAAGCUAGACCUCAAAGCAGGAUACCAUCAGAUAGUCCUAGAAGAGAACUCGCGUAACAUUACCACUUUUUGCACACACAAGGGGUUGUUUCGGUAUAAGCGCCUGCCAUUUGGUCUGUCAUGUGCUUCAGAAGUAUUCCAAAAUGCAAUACAACAAGCGCUCCAUGGUCUACACGGGGUACGAAAUAUCGCAGACGAUAUUAUUGUAUGGGGUAAAACCCAAACCCAGCAUGACAAGAAUUUAGAAGCACUGUUACAGCGAUUAGUUGUCAAGAAACUUACAUUAAACCUGGAGAAAUGCAAGUUUAAUCAACCGUCACUUUGGUUCUAUGGCUACAUUCUGUCAAAGGACGGACGGCUACAUUCUGUCAAAGGACGGAGCAGAUCCAAAGAAAGUCGAGGCAAUUAA